GAUAAAUAUCUCUCCUCUCCACACAACACAACUCAACCAGCUGCCAUGGCCUCUCUCCUCUUCCUCCUCCUCCUCGCCACUCCGGCAUUGUCGCUCACCUGCAAAACUCAAACAUUCUCCAAACACAACCUCACAUUCGGCAACUGCACCGACCUCUCCACACUCGACGCCUCUCUCCACUGGAACUACGACGCGGCGGCCAAGCCCAUGCCGACGCUCUCCAUCGCCUUCACCGCCCCGCCCGCGAAGCCGGACGGCUGGGUGGCGUGGGCCCUCAACCCGAGCGCCACGGGCAUGGUGGGCGCCCAGUCGCUGGUGGCCUUCGCCGCGCCCAACGGAUCCACGCUGGUCAAAACCUACAACAUCACCUCCUACGGCCCCAUCUCCGAGUCCCCGAUCUCCUACCACGUGCUCACCAAGAGCGCCGAGUCCUCCAAAGGCGCGAUCACCAUCUUCGCCACGCUGGCGCUGCCGGAGGGGAGCGCCAAGCUCAAUCAGGUCUGGCAGGUCGGAUCGGCGCUCGUCGACGGCGUGCCGGCCAAGCACGCAUUUGCGCCCGAUAAUUUGGCCUCCAAGACCACUCUGCAGCUCGCGCCCGGCGGUGGUGCUCCGGCACCUGCGCCGGGUUUCGCGGCGGGGCCCGGCGGAGGGCAGAGCGGAAAUGUAAACGGAGGCGAGAGCGCGUGGGGGAGUGGAUUGGGGGUGUUUGGAAUUUGUGUGAUGCUUGGGGUUUCCAUUUUUGGAUUUUAGAUGCCACAUUGCUCACGGGAAUGCUUAACACAUUUUUAUUUAUUUUACUGUCUUGGUUUUUUUUUUUUAAGUUUUUGUAAACGACAUCUUCAAAUAAAAGUUUUGUUUUGUUUGGGAGUGCUACACAUUAAAUAAUACAGUAAUGUAUCCUUUCCCUCA